GAUGCUGCGGAGCGCGCAUCCCCCGUUACCGCGCCCAUCAGAAAAGAGGAGAGGGCUGUGGAUGGAGGGAAUCUGGUCCCUUCUCAUAUAACUACUCUUUGUUACCAAAAGAGACCGCUCCUGGUUUGAUAGAAGAAAAGAGAGGUUCGAGCUUUCUCUCCCGUUUCUCGAAAGAAAAUUAAAAGACUACUUUAUAUUUUGGGCAGACAUGGGCUGGGUUGUAGGUGGGUUGGGUUUAGGGUAGAUAUGGGCUGGGUUGUAGGUGUGUUGGGUUUGGUAAUUCGUUGCUGAGUUAGCUGGCUUGCUGUUCUUAUUUCUAAGACGCUAUGGCUAAGCAGUAUGAUGUGCUCUUCCGACUCCUGCUUCUCGGUGAUUCGGGGGUUGGGAAAACGUGUUUAUUAUGCAGAUUCACGGACAACGAAUUUCACCCGUCUCACAUCUCCACAAUCGGAGUCGAUUUUAAAAUGAAGACACUGGAGAUAGACGGCAUCAAAGUUAGGAUACAGAUAUGGGACACAGCAGGACAGGAGAGAUAUCAGACCAUCACUAAGCAGUACUACAGACGAGCACAGGGAAUCUUCCUGGUUUACGACAUCACAAGUGAGCGAUCCUUCCAGCACAUCAUGAAGUGGGCCAGCGAUGUGGACGAGUAUGCUCCUGAUAACAUCCAGAGGAUCCUCAUAGGGAACAAGUCAGACGAGGAGGAGAAGAGGCAGGUUGCUACAGAACAGGGCAACAAGCUGGCCAAGGAUUAUGGGAUGGACUUCUUUGAGACAAGUGCCUUCACCAACCAUAACAUAACAGAGUCCUUCACGCGAUUGGCUGAGCAGGUCCUGUCGGCCAAUAAGAAGGACCUGGACCUCCUGAGGGCGUCAGUCACAGACGAGCUCAACCUCACCGCCCUGGAGGAGGAGGAGGGCAUCACAGACGGGGCCGCCGCCUCACAGAAGAGUUGCUGGUGUUAAGGGCCUGGUCAAAAGUAGGGAACUUUAUAGGGAAUAGGGUGAGAAAAGUAGGGAACUAUAUAGGGAAUAGGGUGAGAAAAGUAGGGAACUAUAUAGGGAAUAGGGUGAGAAAAGUAGGGAACUAUAUAGGGAAUAGGGUGAGAAAAGUAGGCAACUAUAUAGGGAAUAGGGUG